UCGUAAACCAAAACGAUUUGAAAAAUAACCCGCCAUGUUGGUUUUUACUCGUUAGAUUAUUAGUGUUGUUGUCGCGGUCGUAAAUUUUACAGGUUACAGGUAACGUUAGGUUGUCAUCAUGGAGUCCCGCUUUGCUACGCUGCGCCAGCGAGACAGCAGCGUGUCAAUGCUGAGGGUCAAAAUGUCUCGUAGGCUUUCGCUUAGUCAGAAGGAGAACAGGGGAAAGAUGGUUAAUUCUAGGAGACAGAUAGAAAAGCUGUCUGAAAUGGACCAAAGCAGCAUAAUGGAUGCCUCCGCCGUGACACGAAACAUGUCAGUCAUUCAGGAGAAAUUUGACAACGUCUUGAAAACUGCGAAAACUGAGGCAGGACUGGAUCGACUUAAACAGCUGGAGCGCUGGAAGGAGAGGAAAACACUGGAGAAGGAGAAGAGUAAGAGGGAAAAGGAGCUAAAGGACGUCUUCAGGACUGGUCUGUACCAUCCAAAGGACACCUUCAACUGUGUGGCUCUGCCUCCGGUGCCGAAGAGCAAAGCAAGACCUAAAGAGGCUGUGGUCAACGUGAGCCUGCCCUCCAGAGUCACCCGGUCGGGGAAACGUCAGCCGCAGCCUCAGAAGUCUCUGCCGCCACAGAAAGAACCGGAAGUGGUCCCUGCCGUUAAAAAAGUGGAGCCUUCCGUGGGGCGGACCACCAGAAGCCGUGUGGCGGGAACACAACCUGCGCCGGUGUCUACCAGAGUUAAAGCCACAGUGGCGCCGGUGGGUCGAGCCAUGUCCACUAGAUCAGCCAGGGGCCCUCCUGUAGCCUCUGUACCCAAGGCUAAAGACAAGCACACCGCAGAUGCAAGCCUGAUCAAUGGAACACGGAAAAUUUUAUCUGGGAAAGCAAGUACAAAUAAAGUGACAUCUGAAGAGCAACCCAUUUUACACAAGGAGUCUGAUCCAGGACAGGAGGCCGGCCCUCCUACCAACAUUCCCACUGAAGAGGAUGAGGAGAGGGUGUUGAAGGAUGUACAGGCUGGCCCACCUCCUGUUGAGGCCCCAGCUACCUUCGCCCCUCAGGGCUUUUUAUUCCAGGCUCCCGUGGGCCUGUCAAGCUUCAAGUUUGAGCCCCUCACUCCACGCUCUGCAGACUCCUUCCUCAGGCCCAGUCCCAGCCUUAAUUUCCCUCCGGUUCCCGCCUUUCACCUCGAGCCCCAGGCUGAGCCGAGCAGCUUCCUCCCCCUCCACUCCCCGCCUCGUACCUCUCCGGCCCUGGCCCCCCGGCCGGACCACAUCAGCCCCCAAGCGCCAGUGCACGAUGUGCCCUACUUCCGACUCCAAAUGGUGUUGGAGACUGAUAAGCUGACCGGCCUGUCAGCGCUCUGGGAGCCCAGGGUGCAGGACGAGACCAUCCCAGAAGAGAUGCGGAACAGCAUGCGCACGGUGGUGGGCCAGGCCAGGCUGCUCAUAAAGGAGCGUUUCGGCCAGUUCCGUGGACUGGUGGACGACUGCGAGCUGGGCCGAGGGGAGAGGAUCACCAGCUGCAUGGACCUGGAGGGCUUCUGGGAGAUGGUCUACUACCAGGUGGUGGAUGUAGAGAAAAAGUUUGCUGCCCUCAAGGAGGCGGAGGCCAAUAAUUGGGUGGAGGAACUGAAGCCUGCAGCACCCCUACCGAAAAAAGUGAUCAAGAAACCCCCCACCGCUGCCCCCUCGGCCCCCAAGCCAGCGGCAGCCAUCGCAGCGGGCAGGUCGCGCCUGGCCACCGCGAAGGCCGCCAUGAAGGCCGCCAUGUUGGCAAAGAAGCAGGCCGCAGAGGCAGCCAGCGCCACCCAGUCCGCUGGGAACGCUGACGAGGUCGAGGAAGCCCUCCCACGGGAGGCCAAACCCCCGGACGCCGAGCCCCUGGGGCCGGACACCGUGCUUUUCCACGGUGGCUUCUUCCAGGUGGAGAGCCCCGCCAAGCUGCCAGGCUCCACCAGGAAGUCCCUCCGUCUGAGUUGUGCUGUCCAGCCUCGAGUCUCCCCUCAGCACUUUAUGCUCAAAUGCGCCAACCCGACCAGAGCCAAUAACUCCAACCCGACCAGAGCCACUAACUCCACCCCUGCCAGAGCCACUAACUCCACCCCUGCUAGAGCCACUAACUCCACCCCUGCUAGAGCCACUAACUCCACCCCUGCUAGAGCCACAAACUGCUCCCCCACCCCUGCCGGAGACGCCAUCACCACCCCAGCCAAAGAUGACACCACCACCCAAGCCAGAGCCACCAGAGCCUCCUCCAGGGCCACUCCUGCGAGAGCCACCCCCACCCUAGCCAGGGACAACGCCACCCCAGCCAGAGACACCACCACCACCCCUGCCAGAGAAACCCCAGCCAGAGCCACCAGAGCCACCCCUGCGAGAGCCGCCUACACCCCUGCGAGAGCCUCCGACACCCCUGCGAGAGCCUCCACCACCCCUGCGAGAGCCUCCACCACCCCUGCGAGAGCCUCCACCACCCCUGCGAGAGCCUCCACCACCCCUGCGAGAGAAACUACCACCCCUGCAAGAGCCACCCCUGGCAGAACCACCACCACCCCCGCCAGAGUCACCCGCAGAUCACAGUUCACCUCCUGCUCAACCCCCAGUGACAUACCCCCCUCCAGCCCGCCUGGGGUGCAGAGCCAAGACGAGCCCCUGGAAGCUAGCGUUGUAGCGAGCGCACCGCAGACCCCAGCGAGCGCACCGCAGACCCCAGCGAGCGCACCGCAGACCCCAGCGAGCGCACCGCAGACCCCAGCGAGCGCACCGCCCUCUCCAGCGAGCCACGUCCUCGAGGCCCGCUCUCUGAGCUUCAGCCUCUCCCCCUGCUCAGGACACAGCACCCCAGGGGUGCUGUGUACAGACCCCAGCCACCCUUCUCUCCCAUUCCUCCAAAAGAUCCACAUUGAGGGGCAGGAGUCUAUUUGCGACACUCCGGACAACUCUGUCCUUGAGAAUGUUCCUGGGCUGGACUUUGAGCGCUACCUCCAGCCCAGUGAGGGAUGCAGCCCGCCUCCCGGGCCCGUCGCCAUGGAGACGUUAUCGCCCAAGGCGGUGGCAAUGGAGAUGGGCAGUCCCAUGGCGGAGGACGGCUCCGGGGACCUGCUCCCUCAGGAGGAGGCUUUGUCGACCCCUGCAGGCCUGCACGCGGUGUCUUCCAAUCUCGCACCACACGACAAACAGGCCCAGCCAGACCUGCUCCUCUUCACCCCUGACCACCGGGACAGAAUACGGGCGUCCAUGUGUCCGAGGGACCUCAUGGUCUUUACUCCUCCCGAGGCAUGAGCGAAAAGCUAUUUUUAUGGGUGAUUUCAUAAUCUUUUUUCGUAUACCCAAAAUAUUUUAUUACUUAUUUGUUUCAAUAAAACAUCACAACUGUGAACGGAGUGA